GGCCUAGUAACUCUGUCUAGUCACAGUCACAGACACAGUGACAGUGUCCGAUAAUAUGAACAUCAUUAACUGAAAGAUUUUGUGAAAUAAAAAGAAAUUCAUAUCAGGCAAAAGAACAAUAAAAAUUUACCGAACACCAAUCCAUUGUUUUGAAGAAGUUUCGCUACAUUAGCAUUGAAUCUAUUCAGAAAAUUCUGAAUUGAAAUGUUCACGUGUCUCAGCAUGCCUGUUGAUGUCGCCAUUUUUGUACAAUAAACAGCGCCCUCAUAGUUUCAAAUAGUUUAAGUUUCGAGGACGGAUGGACUGAACAUUUGGUGAAGGCAUUUCGGCAAAUUUCUCCUUGAAAAUGACAGAGCAGUAUAGUUUUUCACUGACUACGUUUAGCCCUUCGGGUAAACUGGUUCAGAUUGAAUAUGCACUAAAUGCUGUUGCUGCUGGUGCUCCAUCUGUUGGUAUCAAAGCAUCAAAUGGUGUUGUCAUAGCAACAGAGAAGAAGCACAAAUCUGUCCUCUAUGAGGAACAGAGUGUUCAUAAGGUAGAAGUCAUCACAAAGAACCUUGGUAUGGUAUACAGCGGCAUGGGACCAGACUACAGGCUGAUGGUGAGACAAGCAAGAAAACUAGCUCAGAAUUAUUUCUUACAGUAUCAAGAGCAAAUCCCUACAUGUCAGCUUGUCCAAAGAGUUGCAUCUGUCAUGCAGGAAUACACUCAGAAAGGUGGUGUACGUCCUUUUGGUGUUUCUUUACUUGUUGCUGGUUGGGACGCUGAUGAAGCCAGACCGUACCUAUUCCAGUGUGAUCCCUCAGGGGCAUACUUCCCCUGGAAGGCUACAGCCAUGGGCAAGAAUCAUGUCAGUGGAAAGACAUUCCUAGAGAAGCGUUACAAUGAAGACAUGGAGCUUGAAGAUGCAGUCCACACAGCCAUUCUCACACUUAAGGAAAGCUUUGAAGGUCAAAUGAAUGAGGACAACAUCGACAUAGGAAUAUGUAAUGAGACAGGAUUCAGAAGGCUUGCUCCAGCAGAAGUAAAGGAUUAUCUUGCAUCAAUAGCAUAACAUUUCAUCAAUAUUUUCAUAUCUUCCUACCUGCCACAUGUGCCCCUUCUAUUUGGAUAUCUUUUCAUGUUAUAUUUCAUGUAUGGAAUGAUUGAAUAAUGAAUAUGAGUGAUCAAUUUUGCUUUGGGCCCUACCUUUAAAAAAAACAGCAAAGCUGGGAACUAAUUCAUUUUAUUAUUUUCUUGAUAUGUAUAUUGAUUGCAACCAUAAAAGUGGGAUUAAUUAAUUGAAAAAAAAAAUGUAUUGCAAAAUUAAAUCAGUUUUCCAUUAUUCUGAUACAGGAGCAAAUCAAGUUAGUGUGCAACAGUCAGUAUCAGUUCAGAUUUCUCUCUCAAGCCUUAGCUCUUUUAUCAGUCACUGUCAUGCCAGAUUUUCAUUGUAAAUGAAUUAGAAUGGGAAAUAUCAUGUUUCUUAUGUCAUACAUAAAACUUGAUUGCCUUGAGACCCAUACCCCCCCCCCCCCCCCCCCUUGGUAUGACAGACAGACAUAUGUGUAUAUCGAGGUAUCUCAAAAAGAUAGGCAGUGGUUAGGUAGCAAGAUAUGAUAAGUUGUACAUUGUACUUGCAUAAAAUGUAAAUUAAAAAAAUGAUUACCCUUUCUUGUUGUGUAUUGUCUGUUCUACUGAUAAUGGUUCAUUUGUGAUUCCUGGGAUUAUUUGUCUUGUUCCACAAGAGUUGUGAAUUUUUUUUUUUUCAGCCACAAUAUCGGUAAUGUGCUAAAAUCAGUCAAAAAUAAAUGAAUCCUCGCACAUUGAUAAAUAUCUGAAUAUUCUAAAUUUGAAUGUAGGUCUAAGGGUUAUGUUUAUUUUCUUGCAGUCACUGUUGUGAAUCUAGGAGCAUUCUGAUAUCGGUCUGAACCAUCCAGUUUGGGGUAUUGAUAUAUUAUCCUAGAUUAAUAUUGGCAGCAUUAUUUAUCCUUAUUUGAUGUUGUUAUCACACAAGCACCAAGGAGAUCUUUUUUUAGGAAUGUAUUUGAGCUAGGGGAAUCCAAAUAGGAGAUCACCAUUAAGAAUGGGCAUGUUGAAGUAUACAUUGGUUGUGUUUAAAAAGAUGCUUAGAAAGAAGUACAUAGCAAUUUCCCAUAAAAUCUGUGACCAGUGAUUUCCCAUUACUGUUUCAUAAAAUUUUGAAAUAAUGGUGCGUCAUCUCUUGUCGAAAGUUGUUAACAAGCCAUGAAAUACAUGCGUAUAAAUGUAGUUAGAUAUAUAUAAAAAGAAUUCAGGUCAGUUCAAUUUAUUUGUUUUCUCAGCAUAAAAAACAAUAUACAAUAUGUACAAGAAUUAAGAUGACAUCUAUAAGAGAAAAAAAGGAAACUACAGAAAAGGUUUAUGAAAACUUGCGAGUUGUAGCUCCUAGUAAUUCAAUUAAAAUACAUAAUAACAAAAUUUAAAAAAUAUACAAACUGCAUCAGAAAUCACCAGCUUACAUAUUCUUGUUUAUUUAUUUUUUAAAUCUUUUCUUAAUGGAUAUACAUGCAAUUCCUUGUCAAUUUCCACAUGUCCAACACUUCAUAAAGUAUAUUCUUACCUCAGGAUCAAAACACCGUGGUUUAUCAAUAUUUGUAUUUCAUUUCUUGCAGUUGUAAAUCUUACCUUUCUUUGUGUAAAAAGAGAAAUAGCUGGCAUAUGAACUAAUAUUAUGUUUUAUUGUGUUUAGAUUUUACUAAUUGAUUCCUUUUCUAAGCAAAUAUUCAAAGAAAAACACUGAUGAUACUAUGAGAUGUCGCUGGUUAACCAUCAUGUACAUGCAAUAUGUGCAAAUCAUAGAUGCAUUCUUCUCUUUUACAGGAAAUUGUCUUUUUUUUUUAAUUGAAAGAAGGGCAAGGGUGCUCUCAGUAUAUUCCCAGUUCAUUAUUUAAACAUUGUAUCUUGAGUUUGUAAUCCUCUGUAAAUUAUCUAACUCUUCAUGAGAUUAGAAGUCGUAUGGAUGGCAUACAUUAAACUUUUUGUUCAACAA